ACCCGAUUUCACCCGACGGCCCUAGUAUAGCCUCCUAAACCUCCUCCGCUCUUCUCCCCCCAGCCGCCUCGCCGCCGCCCGCCGUCCGCCGCCCGCCGCCCGCGAUGGAGGCCCUCCACGAGGAGACGCCCUUCGACCUCUCCUUCCACCCCUCGUCGCCCCUGGUCGCCACCUCCCUCAUCACCGGCGAGCUCCACAUGUUCCGCUACGCCGACGGUCUGCCGCUCGAGAGGUUGUUCGCAGAAAAACCCCACAAGGACUCAUGCAGGGCUGUUCGAUUUGUGGACUCGGGAACUGUGAUUCUGACGGGGUCUGCUGAUAUGUCGAUUGUCGCUUCUGAUGUAGAAACAGGCAAAGUCAUUGCCCGUUUGGAUGAUGCACAUGGUGACGCCAUAAACCGCCUUGUGUGUCUUACUGAAACUACAGUUGCUUCAGGCGAUGAUGCGGGUUGCAUUAAGGUGUGGGAUACUCGACAACGAUCUUGCUGCAACACUUUUCACCGCCAUGAAGAUUAUAUAUCAGAUAUGACCUAUGUAGCUGGCUCAGAUCAAAUAUUGGCCACAAGUGGUGAUGGAACUUUAUCUGUUAACAGUCUCCGGGGUAACAGAGUAAAAUCGCAAUCUGAAUUUUCAGAAGACGAACUCCUAUCUUUGGUGAUAAUGAAGAAUGGCCAAAAAGUUGUUUGUGGAACUCCAAGUGGAGCCCUGUUGUUGUAUUCGUGGGGACAUUUUAAGGACUGCAGUGACCGUUUUCUGGGGCACGCACAGUCUGUUGAUAACUUGCUGAAGCUGGACGAAGAAACUCUGAUAUCUGCUGCAGCAGAUGGCGUGAUCAGGUUGGUGGGUAUCCUACCGAAUCAGAUAAUCCAGCCAUUGGCCGAGCAUUCAGAAUUUCCGAUCGAGGCGCUUGGUUUCUCGCAUGAUAGGAAGUAUCUAGGCAGCGUUUCGCAUGACAAAAUGAUAAAGCUCUGGGACAUGGAAGAACUCCUGGGCGGCCCGCAGUUGAAUCAUCAGAACGACAUGCCGGAAGCCACUGCGGUCGCCGUUGACCACGACGACGAGCUGCCUGAAGCCAACGCCGCCAACGCUGUCCAACACGAGGAGUUGCCUGAAGCCAACGUUGCCGCCGUCGAUGACGACCAGUUGACGGCUCAGGCCGACAGCGACGACGAUGGGAUGGACGUGGACAUGGAGCCGAGCUCUUCCAACGGGUCGAGGAGCAAGAAGAAAGGCAAGGGCAAGAAGCUGAACGGAUUCGCGCCGGACUUCUUUGCGGAUUUGUAGGGCGGGCAGACGCACCGCCGGGCAAGAAGCUGAACGGAUUCGCGCCGGACUUCUUUGCGGAUUUGUAGGGCGGGCAGACGCACCGCCCUUGAAAUUCGCGUCGGGUUGACUUUGCGAGGUUUCGAUGUUUAGGUUGAAGCAUUUUUGGGUCGUCGUAGGAGGUGGGGAGGAAUCUCUAGUUUUUAGUGGUGAGGUGUGUUUAAGGUGUGGCGGUGAGUGAACUGGAUAUGCCGUAGUAACGUGUACUCUACUUUAAAAAAAAUAAAAUCAAACGUGUACUCUACUUGGGAUGCAAA